GCUAGGUCCGCGCGCCUGGGCCGGGUUGCUGGAGGGUGGUCCUCCAGUUUUCUGUUCCUCCAGACAGCAAAGCAGGGUGCCAUGGCGCUGCGGGGCGUCUUGGUAGUGGAGCUGGCGGGCUUGGCCCCAGGCCCCCUCUGCGGUAUGAUCCUGGCGGACUUCGGAGCGCAGGUGGUGUGUGUGGACCGGCCCGGUGGCACCGUCAAUGUGAGCGGCUUGUCCCGCGGCAAGCGCUCGCUGGUGGUGGACCUGAAGCAGCCGCAGGGAGCGACCGUGGUGCGGCGCCUGUGCGCCCGGGCGGACGUGGUUCUGGAGCCCUUCCGCUCCGGUGUCAUGGAGAAACUCCAGCUCGGCCCGGAGAUUCUGCAGAGGGCGAACCCAAGGCUUAUCUACGCCAGGCUGACUGGAUAUGGCCAGUCAGGACCGUUCUCCAGGGUAGCGGGCCAUGACAUCAACUAUUUGGCUUUGUCAGGCAUCCUGUCAAAAAUUGGCAGAAGUGGGGAGAAUCCAUAUGCUCCACUGAACCUCCUGGCCGACUUUGCAGGUGGCGGCCUCAUGUGCGCGAUGGGCAUCAUGAUGGCUCUCUUCGAACGCACGCGCUCUGGCAAAGGCCAGGUCAUUGACAUGAGCAUGGUGGAGGGAACAGCAUAUCUAAGUUCUUUUCUGUGGAAAACCGCUGGUACAGGACUGUGGGAACGGCCUCGAGGAGAGAACUUACUCGAUGGCGGCGCGCCGUUCUAUGGGACGUACAGGACGGCCGACGGAGAGUUCAUGGCUGUUGGAGCAAUAGAGCCCCAGUUCUACAAGCUGCUCAUCAAGGGACUUGGGCUGAAGUCUGAUGAACUUCCCAAUCAGAUGAGCAUAACUGAUUGGCCAGAAAUGAAGAAGAAAUUUGCAGAUAUAUUUGCAAAGAAGACAAAGGCAGAGUGGUGUCAGAUCUUUGAUGGCGCCGAUGCAUGCGUGACUCCGGUUCUGACUUUGGAAGAGGUUCCCCAUCAUCAUCAUAAUAAGGAACGGGGCUCAUUUAUCAUUGAUGGGGAGCAAGGUAUAAGUCCCCGCCCUGCCCCUCUGCUGUCAAACAGCCCAGCUACCCCUUCUUUUGGAAGGAAUCCUUUGGCAGGAGAACAUACUGAAGAGAUACUUAAAGAAAUUGGGUUCAGCCAGGAAGAGGUUGAUCAGCUUUACACAGAUAAAGUUAUUGAAAGUAAUAAGCCGAGAGCUAAUCUCUGAAGUUCAGGCUCCUUGGCUCAAGUGAGUUUGAAUAUUGCAUUUAUAGUAUAGAAUAACACAUGUGAAUGAUACAUGGAAAGAAAAAAGGGCAGUAUGAGAGCAUUCCAAUUCUUCCAAUCAAGAAACAAGAAAAAAGAAACAAGUAAUGAUCACAUUCUGCAAAUGGUUGACAUAAUGACUUUUGAUUUAAGAAUGUUUUUAGUUUACCUAUACUAAACUGUGGCAGUUUUUCUGCCUUCCAUUUACUUGAGAGAUUAUAUUUGUUGAUACUAAAAUACAAAUAUGUAUAAUAUACUUUAAAUGAAUUAAUACAAUGCUUUUAUUUAAAUAAA